AUGGGAGAGGAUAAGCGUUCAACGGCCACUAAGGACUCUCCUAUUGAAGAACUGAAGGAAAUCAGAGCUCAUGAGGAGACCAUAGAGGUUCCCCUGAAUGCCCUGUUGCAGAUUAUAGAGUCUGAAGAAUACUCCUCCUCUGAUAAGGAAGAGAAAACUAGAGAAGAGCAAGUUGCUCGGUACUUGGAAAUUCUCAUGAAGCUGAAUGCAAAAUUCUGUGGAACAGAGGCAUUGAAAGAAGAACCCCCAGUACUUACCCAAGAGUGCAGUGCCCUGGUUCAGAGGAAGCUGCCUCAGAAAAGGCCAGACCCUAGAAGCUUCUUGAUUCCCUGUAUCAUAGGUACAAUCACUUUUCAGAAGGCCUUGUGUGAUCUUGGGUCAAGCAUCAAUCUCAUGCCUCUCUCUAUAAUGAAGAGGUUGGAAAUUCUAGAGGUGCAAGCUGCCAAAAUUUCAUUGGAGAUGGCAGACAGGCCACUGAAAAAGGCAUAUGGCAUGGUGAAGGAUGUCCUAGUGAAUGUUGAAGACCUUUCUCUCUCUGCUAUUUUUGUAAUUCUUGACACUGGGAGGACAAGGAUGAGUCCAUCAUCCUUGGAAGGCCAUUCCUUGCCACUAGAAGAGCCAUGA